AUGUCCAGUUACGGGCAAGUUUCGCCGAUUCGGCCCAUCAUCUCAAAUACCAGGAUUAUGUUCAGUCUCCUUCCUGGCCUCGGAGCUAUGAUAAUCUUCAGAAUGGCAAUACAUUUGUACAGACCAGACAUUGAAGAUGCUGAACACAGAGUUAAAGAUUAUCCGUUCGACCAUUUGUACGAUUGUUACGACUUCAUCAUCGUUGGAGGUGGUUCGGCAGGUAGCGUACUAGCUAACAGACUUUCAGAAAACCCACAAUGGACAGUCUUGCUCCUAGAAGCAGGUCAAGAUGAAAACGUAUUAGCAGAUGUGCCGGCAAUGUUCCCUGUGCUGCAGAGUUCGUCCAUAGACUGGCAGUUUGUGACGGAACCUAGUGAUUCAUAUUGUUUAAGUAUGGUGAACAACCAAUGUAAGUGGCCACGUGGUAAAGUCCUCGGUGGAUCUAGUGUGUUAAACGCUAUGCUAUAUAUAAGGGGGAAUAAACGCGAUUACGACUACUGGGCGGAAUUGGGUAAUCAAGGCUGGUCGUAUAAGAGUGUGUUACCAUAUUUCUUAAAAGCAGAGGACAUGACGAUUCCUGCUUAUCAAACCGACCCUUAUCAUUCAACUGGUGGUCCUUUAACGGUUGAGUAUUUUAAAUUCGAGCACCCAAUCACUGGUAAAAUCUUAGAAGCUGGUAAGCAACUUGGUUAUAACAUCUUGGAUGUGAAUGGAGAAUACCAAACUGGCUUUACAAGAUCGCAUGCAACUGUUCGUGAUGGACUUCGGUGUAGUACAGCAAAGGCCUUUUUGAGGCCAGCUAGUAAAAGACCUAAUCUGCAUGUUAGUGUUCAUUCAUUAGUUGAAAAAAUACUUAUAGAUGAACACAAAAAAGCGUAUGGAGUAAAAUUUGUUAAACAUGGUCAACAACGUAUAGUUAAAGCAGGCAAAGAAGUGAUUUUAUCUGCUGGAGCCAUUCAGUCUCCACAACUGUUGAUGUUAUCAGGGAUAGGAGACGCGGAACAUCUCAAAGAAGUCGGCAUUUACCCAAUAGCCAAUCUACCAGGAGUGGGAAGAAAUCUGCAAGACCACAUAGCAAUGGGAGGACAUUCCUUUCUAUUUGACAAUCCUUAUGAUAAUGGUACUGAUUACUGUUUUAAUAUCAAGACUGCCCUUUCUAUAAACAGUUUAGUUGAUUUCGCAUUACAUAAAAGUGGGAUGUUGUAUAGCAUGAUGGAAGCAGAAGCUAUGGCCUUUGUUAAUACAAAGUACCAAGAUCCUAAUGAAGAUUAUCCAGAUAUACAAUUGUUUAUUGCUCCAACAGCAGACAACUUAGACGGAGGUUGGUUCGGAAAGCGAGCUAAUGGAUUGACAGAUGAAACAUACGCAGAAUUGUAUGAAGAUAUUUUAUUCGAUUCAUCAUUUUCUGUUGUGCCAUUGUUGCUUAGACCAAAAAGUAGAGGUUAUUUGAAAUUAAAAGACUCAAAUCCAUAUUCACCACCACUUAUAUAUCCGAACUACUUUUCAGAUCCGCAGGAUAUAAAGGUUUUGGCGGAAGGCGCUCGGAUUGUCCAAGAACUAGUGGAGCAGCCAGUAUUAAGAGAGCUCAAUGCGCGUCCGAACCCAAACCGAAACCCAGGCUGCGCCAAAUAUAGCCUGAUGUCGCAAGAACAUUUGGAAUGCCAAGCGAGGCAUCACAGCCUGACGAUAUACCAUCCAGUCGGCACCUGUGCAAUGGGACCCGUUGAUAGCUCUAAUGCUGUAGUUGAUCCAAGGUUGAGGGUUUACGGAAUAAAAAACUUGCGGGUUGUCGACGGCAGUAUCAUGCCCACUAUCGUGAAUGGUAACACCAACGCACCAAUCAUCAUGAUCGCAGAGAAGGCAUCUGACAUGAUUAAGGAAGACUGGAGUGACGUUACCAACUAUCAAUUCACUAGCUGUGCAAUACCGUACAAAAGACAACAGGAAGACAAAGAAGAAAGUGAAGGGUUAAGAAAAGAUAAACUUAAUGUCACUCAUCCGACUCCUAAUCUGUUUAAUGAAACUUAUGAACUAUUUCCACAAUUAGAUGACAUUGAAAAUAAUAGUAAAUCUAAAAUGAAAGAUGAUAAAACCAAACAGGUUAAUAAAAUUAAGCCUGUUCCUAAACAGUUAGAUGAUAAAACUUUCUUGAAAACAAAUGGUAGCCGACAUAGACAAAACUCAAAAUUCAAUCAGAAACCUUUCCAAACUACGAAGUUUAAAGAAUCUACAGCAAAUCCCACUUACAUCCCGGUUUAUCCUUACAUAGACGAAUUUGGAAGACAAUUUUAUUCUCCAUAUCCAUAUUGGAGCGAUCCAAGUCAAACCAAUGAUAAUAGUAAUUGGUAUAAUAAGUUUAUUUAUCCUGGAGUUAAGAAAAAUCCUUUUAAGAAAUACGGACCGCGAAAACAGAAACCAAGUAUUCAAGAAGUAUUAAAUCCAUAUAAUUAUCUUACAUCAUCAUUCAAAGAUAAAAAUGUUUUUUAUGAAACUAAGGAGGUAGCCACACCAAAAGGGCGUGAGUGUAAGGUCUGGUUAUAUUAUGAUGGUGUGAAAUAUGAAGUAUUUUUGUAG